AUGAAGCCCAGCUUCUCCUACCACGUCUCGGCCUCCUUCAUCGCCAAAGACCGCCCCUACGACCCGUCGACGCACGUCUUCCACUUCAACCCCUACAACCGCAUCCAGCCGCCUCGCCACCGGCGGCGCUCUUCGCGCCCCGACUCGGGCCACGAUGCCUUCUUCGUCAGCCGCGUCAACGACUCGGGCGCCGUGGCGCUGGGCGUCGCCGACGGCGUGGGCGGCUGGACCGACUCGGGUGUCAAUCCCGCCGACUUCUCCCACGGCCUCUGCGACUACAUGGCCGCCGUCGCGUACGAGCACGGCCCGGCGGCGAGCACGCCCCUGACGGCGCGCAGGCUGAUGCAGAAGGGGUAUGACGCCGUGUGCAACGACGGCAGCGUGCACGCGGGCGGCAGCACGGCCUGUGUGGCCAUUGCGGCGCCCGAUGGCAUCCUCGACGUGGCCAACCUGGGCGACUCUGGCUUCCUACACCUGCGCCUCAACGCCGUCAAUGCCUACUCGGAGCCCCAGACACACGCCUUCAACACCCCCUUCCAGCUCUCCCUCAUCCCACCGCGCGUCGCCGCGCGCAUGGCGGCCUUUGGCGGCACCCAGCUCAGCGACCUUCCGCACGACGCCGACGUAACGCACCACCGCGUCCGCCACGGCGACGUCCUCGUCCUCGCGACCGACGGCGUCCUCGAUAACCUGUUCAACCAGGACAUCCUCCGCAUCGCCAGCCGCGUCAUGGUCUCGGGAGGCGCCUGGUCCAUGACGCCGACGGGCGUCCUAUGCGCCACAGACUCGAUCGAGGCCCUCGUCAGCCCCGCUCGCCCCGCGGUCGGCGACGCCGACAACCGGCCGGAGAGGACGGUUACGCUCCAGAGCCUGCUGGCCACGGAGCUCGCGGGCGCAGCAAAGGCAGCGAGCAUCAACGCAAAGGUCGACGGCCCCUUUGCCAAGGACGUGCAAAAGUACUACCCGCACGAGCGGUGGCAGGGCGGCAAGGUCGACGACAUUUGCGUCGUGGCCGCCGUGGUAUGCGAAGACUCGCCAAGCCCGCGGAGCAAGCUCUGA